AUGGACUGGGGCAUUGGAUGCCUGAUUCUCCACCGUGAUAUAGAGCGAACUCGCAAGCCGUUCUGCGCCCUUACGGAUCGAUUAGGAGGACCAGAGCCAGUCAUGCAGGCAGCUUUGCUUUCAGUCUCAUCAAUGGCUCUACAGAACGAGAAGAGUUUGAAGGAGAAGAAUUUGAAGGAGAAGAGUUUGAAGGCUUGUGGUUGA